AUGUGUGGGGAGCCCGGGGAGAGCUCAGAUGUGGGGAAACACCCUGGGAAGCGACGUUACAAGUGCAGCGACUGCGGGAAGAGUUUCAGGUUCCACUCCAGGUUUGUCACCCAUCGGCGCAGUCACACCGGGGAGAGACCCUACGAGUGCAGCCACUGUGGGAAGAGCUUCAAGUUGAACUCAGGUUUGAUCCGUCACCGGAACAUUCACACUAAAAAACCUUAUAAAUGUGAUAAUUGUGAGAAGAAUUUCAUAGAUGAGCCAAGUUUGACCCAUCACCGGCGCAUCCACGCUGGGGAGAAGCUCUAUCAAUGUGGUGGUUGUCAGAAGAGUUUCUAUCAACACUGGAUGUUGAAACGUCACCAACGGAUCCACAGUGAGGAGAAACCCUACGGAUGUUCUCAAUGUCAGAUGAGCUUCAGGGAGAAAUCCAGCUUGAAAAGACAUCAAUCCAUCCACACCGGGGAGAAACCUUACGAGUGUCACCACUGUGGGAAGAGCUUUUGUGUCAGCUCAGCUCUGGUUCGUCACCAAACCUUCCACACCCAGGAGAAACCCUUCAACUGUGGUGAUUGUGGGAAGAGCUUCAAGAUGAACUCGACUUUAAAACGUCACCGACGGAUCCACACUGGGGAGAGACCUUAUAAAUGUGAGGAAUGUGGGAAAAGCUUCCAUCAAAAUUCCAGUUUGAUUUGUCACCGCCGGCUUCAUACUGGAGAAACUCCUUAUGGGUGUGAGGAAUGUGGGAAGAGCUUCAAGCAAAAUUCCUCUUUAACCCGUCACUUGAGUACCCACAAGAGAGAAAAACCUUUUCCAUGUGGGAAAUGUGGCAAGAGUUUUAAAUUAAACACGACUUUAAACCGUCACCGACGUCUCCACGGAUCAAACAAACCCUACGAGUGUCCCCAAUGUUCAAAAAGCUUCAAGGAAAGUUCAGCUUUAAUCCGUCACCAACGUAUCCACACGGGGGAAAAUCCUUAUCGAUGUGAGAAAUGUCAGAAAAGCUUCAAUCAAAAAUCAACUUUAUCCCGGCACCGACUCACCCACACCGGGGAAAAACUUCACCCCUGUGGGAAAUGUGGGAAAAGCUUCUUGAUCAAACCAACUCUGCUCAGGCACCAAAGGAUCCACCAGAGAUAA